GAGAGCGUCGCUUGCCUAACAACGCAGGACGUGUGUUUGUAGGUAGGCGUUGUCGCGAGCGAGCGCGAAAGGGGCAGCGUGUCGUAGCGUAGCGCAGCGCAUCGUCGCUGAUGCCUGGCGCCUGGCGCACGGUUGGCGCUAACUCGUACGGUAGCGUAAGCUUAUUUUCGUUGGUUGGUUGGUGGGUCGGUGGUUGGAGGAUGCUGUGGGGCCUUACUACCGAUGUGCAGAUGCCGGGGGGCGACCCGGACAUGGCGGGCCAGCACCUAGGUAGGUACCUAGGUAGUAGAGGCCUGCGUCUGCUUGUUGGUAAUGCAAUGCACUCUACUCUGUCAGUAGUUAACAGUCGCGAGGCUUUUCUUUUUCUUUUUCGUUCCUUUUCUUUUCGCUUUCUUAGUCGUGAGGCGAAGUCGUGAAGAAACCGAUUCACAAGCAAGCCACAGCAAACCAGCAGUCCAGCAUACGGAUUCGCAUCUCGAUACAGCUAUUUCGAUUUCGUCCCUGCUUACAUACGUAGCACCAGCUCUCAUCGCACCGGUAAAGCGCAGAAUAAAUACAAGAAAGUGACAGACAAACACACCCCCUCCUCAAC